ACCAGAGAAGUAACCACCGCCAAUGAAGAGAAACGUAGAUAAAAAAGAUCCCACCUGUAGACACAUGAAUGUGGGCGAACGAAGAUAUCCUUUGUGAUCCGUCGGAGAUACACCUUAAUACGUCCUCCGACGCUAGAGGCACCACCAGGACGGGGACUAGACAGGGGGAACCUUAUUCCAUCUUCAGGGAACCACUACCGUCUCGCCUUUCUAAGUAGGACACAAACCUAACCAAACUUAAAAAAAUAAUCUAAAAAUGAAGCUCUCCCGCCGGUAAGGGCCUGGAGGCAGGAAUCCGUCACUUGUUCGCUUAAGACUAGGAUGAACGGGUACGACUCUCAAGAAUAUGUCUCGUAUUUUUUUUCUCUAAACGAAGACAUUAGGAAUCUUAUAUCUUAUAUUUUUAAGAAGUUGGUCCCAAUUCUCUCAACAUGCAAAGUGUCCACCUCAACGUUCCACUAAGCAAUGCAUUUAAGUCUUCUCUUCCACUAAGCCAUGCAAAACCUGCCACAUAAGCACCAAUUCUCUCAACAUGCAAAUUUUCCACCUCAACGUCCCACUAAGCAAUGCAUUUAAGUUUUCUCUCUCAUUAAGCCAUGCAAAAUCUACCACAUAAGUGAGUCUUGCAUUUAACUUAUAAAUUACAAUAUUUUUGCAUUAGUCUAUGCAUGUAAGGUUGUCACAUCAUAUAUUCAUGUUAGUCGUUCUUUACAUUUUUGUUCAAAAUGACCAUUUUAACUGUAAUUAAAAAAUAUCCUAUUUUAAAACAAUUUCUUUUAUUGAUUUUCAAGCUUAUACUUUCUUUUCAUUAGAUUUAGCAACUACUUAUGCAUUUUCUAACAAAGUUACCGCAACAACGCGCGGAGAGAGAGAGAGAGAGAGAGAGAGAGAGAGAGAGAGAGUCACAUCCUCAGUACUCAUGUCCAAUUUUUUCCUCAAUGAAGAAGACACCGGUGUGGACAACUCCAAGGAAUUUUAAACUCACAUUAUGCUACUUAUGUUUCAAAACUAUUUUGCAACAAUAAACUAAUCAGUAUAAUAAAUUUCAUAUAGUUGUAUUUCAUGCUCAUAUUGUUAAUUGUAAUAUUCAAGUUCCACAUAAGCAAGUAUCAUCUAAACAUAUUCUUUUAGUUGCUAAUUGUGCAGUGCAGCACAACGGGUCACCGUCUCACCAUUUUGUGUGCACCUUUUAAGGGCACGUAUCAUCUAAACAUAUUGUCAACCAUUCCUGCAGCAACACGCGGGGAAUUGUCUAGUGGGAAGAAACGAGCGGAUCAUGUCGAGUAGCUAGCGUCAAGCUCGAGUGGUCGCCUUGAAUGUGAGCAAAACAAUAUCCGUACUCACCACAAAAGUCAAUGAAUGAUUCGUGCUGGCUUUGACUUUUGAUAAAUGACAAGUCGCCCUAGUUCAUCAACUCAUCAGCUCAGCUGUAGAGAGACUAUAAUUUGCAUCGCCAGCAGAUCGAUCGAUAUCCAACCAUCAUCAUGUCCUCAGUGCUGCUUCUAAAUCUCUUCCUCAGCACCGUAGCCCUUAACCUAGCAGCCUUGGCUGCCGGAGAAGAUGAGUUCGUCUUCUCCGGCUUCAAGGGAGCAAACAUCACCGUGGACGGCGUCGCCACGGUGACCCGGAACGGCCUUGUCGACCUCACCAACGGCCAGGAGACUCUCAAAGGCCACGCAUUCUACCCUGCCCCGCUACGGUUCCGUGAGUCCCCCAAUGGCACGGCCGUGAAAUCCUUCUCCGUCUCAUUCGUGUUUGCCAUCUACCCCAACUACCGGCCCAGCCAGGGCAUGGCCUUCUUCAUCGCCAAGAGCACCGACUUCUCCUCCGCUCUCCCCACGCAGUGGUUCGGCGUCUUCAACAGCGCCAGCCAGGGGAACGCCAGCAACCACGUCUUCGCCGUCGAGCUGGACACCGUCAACAACAGGGACCUGCACGACAUCGACGCCAACCAUGUCGGGAUCAACGCCAACAGCGUCGUCUCCAACAAGUCCAGCACCGCCGGCUUCUACGACGACGACACCGGCUCCUUCAACGCCUUGAACCUCACCAGCGGCGAGAGGCUGCAGCUCUGGGUAGACUACGAGAGGGAGCCGACACGAAUCAACGUGACCCUGUCUCCUGUUGGCAUGGCCAAACCGGCGAGGCCGCUCGUCUCUGCCAUCUACGACCUCUCGACGGUGAUCACCGAGGACGCGUACCUUGGCUUCGGCUCCUCCGCGGGCAGGGAUGGCAGCCGCCACUACAUCCUUGGCUGGAGCUUCUCUUCAUCAGGAGGACCUGCGCCGGCUAUCGACAUCCGAAAUUUGCCGAGGCUGCCUCGUCUUGGCCCCAAGCCUCGGUCCAAGGUCCUGGAGAUCUUGUUACCAUUAGCAACGGCCACCUCUGUCCUCGCCGUGGGAGUCACCAUUUUCCUGCUCGUGCGAAGGCAUCGGAGGUACGCCGAGCUACGAGAAGAUUGGGAGGUUGAGUUCGGGCCUCACCGGUUCCCAUACAAGGAUCUCUACUACGCCACACAAGGGUUCAGAAACAAGAACCUGCUUGGGGUUGGCGGCUUCGGAAGGGUCUACAAAGGGGUGCUGCCAAAAUCAAAACUUGAGAUAGCCGUCAAGAGGGUGUCCCACGACUCCAAGCAAGGCAUGAAGGAGUUCAUCGCUGAGGUCGUCAGCAUAGGGCGGCUCCAACACCGUAAUCUCGUGCACUUACUCGGCUACUGCCGGCGAAAGGGCCAACUGUUUCUGGUGUACGACUACGUGCCCAACGGAAGCCUUGACAAAUACUUGUAUCAUCAUCGUCAGCGCGACAACAAGCUGCAACCUACUACUCUAUAUUGGGCUCAGAGGUUCAAGAUCAUCAGGGGCGUCGCAUCUGGACUCCUCUACCUUCACGAGGAGUGGGAACAAGUUGUCAUCCACAGAGAUGUCAAGGCAAGCAACGUGCUCCUUGACGCUGAAAUGAAUGCCCGGCUAGGCGAUUUUGGUCUUGCACGGUUGUAUGACCAUGGCAUCGAUCCACAGAGCACGCACGUGGUUGGCACCAUAGGAUACCUAGCUCCUGAGCUAGCAUGCACCGGAAAGGUAACCCCUCUUACCGACGUGUUUGCGUUUGGCAUAUUCAUCCUUGAAGUCGUUUGUGGACAACGGCCAAUCAAGCAAGAUGCACGAGAAAAACAUCCCAUGUUAGUUGAUCGGGUUCUUGAGCACUGGCACAAUGGAUCACUCCUCGACAUGGUGGAUAUUGAACUCCAUGGUGGCUAUGAUGUAAAUGAGGCAUGCUUAGCACUCAAGCUAGGACUACUGUGCUCGCACCCAUUCGUGGACACCAGGCCUACCAUGCGCCAAGUAGUGCAGUACCUUGAUGGUGACCGCAUAACACCAGAACUAUCAUCACCAGUGGACACCAACUUCGAGAUGCUCGCUGCGAUGCAGAACGAAGGUUUUGACCCGUACGUCAUGUCUUAUCCUUCUUCCACGGCAAGCCAUGGCACGACAUCCAUUGUCUCGGGUGGAAGAUGACUCCAUGCCUAGUCCGGCGCCAUUUGGUUCUCGUAAGAUUAGGGGUCUUAUCU